AUUUAUUGAAUACCAAUCAUGGCUACCCUCAAUGUGCAUAUCAACCUAAAUCAAUACCAGCUGAUCUUACAGUAGGAGAAAGCCAAAAAUACUUAUUCACUACAAAAAAAAGAGUUUCCUCAUGGCCCCAUAAACAUUUAUGAAUAAAGGUUCAACUCAGUCAAUUUCUCAAAUACUAAAAUAAAUGAGGUGAUUGGAUGGAUCCUCAUUAUAGCCGUCAUCCUACUCAUGCUCGUGAUGGCUAUAUCUCUGAUUCAAGAUUCAGUGGUAGGCUUUGCCAUACCAUUGUUAUCAGUUGUUACAUUCUUCAUAGUGUAUCUGAAUUGGGUGUCUAUGAAGUUUUUUGUAAACUCAUGAAUUUGAACAUUCUAUUUUGUAUUGAUUCAAAAAGCUAACUGUCU